UGAUUGUGGAUGUGGCUGCAACAAUCAACCCCUUGUGGAAGCAGCUUUACGCGACAGCACUGUCUCUGCGCUUCGCAUGUGUUACUUCGCCUUCCCAACUAUUGUCCUGGGGCGAUAUCUCUUGACAGACUACCUAUAUUAUGGAUGAUCUCUCUGGGCUGAGCUGGUCCGCGCCCAACCCCAACACCACAAAGUCUGGGCAACAGAGACCCACGAACACUGUGACGACGCCAUAUCCUUCGUUGCGCCCGACUCCCUCGCCCUUCGCAUCCGGUCGCAACACUCCGCUGUCGGCCCAAGGCUCUGGGAGCACUGGGCCAAAAGCGCCAGCCUCCAAGCCCACUCAGGAUAGCUUUGGCAACCUCCUCAACUUCGGCGCCGGAAAAAGCAACGCAAACCUAAGUCUGCGCGAGCGACAGGACCAGCUAGAAGCCGAGAAAAGAAGGAAAGAGGAGGAGAAGCGCAAGCAGGCACAGGCAUAUUACGGCGAUGGGCAGUUCUUCGACUCGCUCGGCCAGCGCCAGUCGGGCCUAACCUCGGCUCGGACAUCAUCGCCUGCAGCACCGGUGCCAGCCGCGACGGAACAGAGUCUGGGGACGCAGAACGGGAAAUCUGCAGCCGAGUCGGACGACGACCUGUUUGCCGCCUUCAAUGCUAGUACAAAGGUGGACAACUCAAGCUACUUUCCGCCGCCUGCUCUCUCGGACAGCCUUCCGACUGCGAACGCGCCGAAUCUGGACCUUGGUGAUCCACAAGCGUGGAAUAAGGCUGCAGUGCCCGGUGGCCAAGGUUUUGGCGACGAUGACGACGACCUAUUCGGACUCAGCCAGCUCAAGGCGAAGACUAAUGCGCCGCCUCCCCCAGCUGCGGACGAGGACGAUGAUUUGCUGGGGGAUCUGGCUAAGCCUGUUGACCAAGUCAGGAAGCACGAACCGCCAUCAUUUUCCCGGGAACCCGAGCCUGGGAAACCUAUUGAGGAUUCAUCUUCGGAUUCCGAGGUCGGGCAACCCACGGCUUCAGAUGAUCCUUUCGACAAGGCUGUAGCUCAGCUGGUCGACUACGGCUUUACCCCUGAGAAUGCGAGGAGAGGCUUGACAGAGAGUGGUGCGGGGCUAGAUGUCCAGGCUGCGGUCAACUGGUUGUUAGAUGACGCGCACAGACAGGCUAAAGAGAAAGCCAAGGGACGAGGAAGCGCCACGGACCAUUCCAGAGGUGGCGACGAGCGCACUUCAAGGCAGUCUCGUCAUGAGGCUCCGACUUGGAUGAGGGAAGAGUCUCCCAGCAAUGGAACUAGGAGUAGAGACAGCCGGUCACCGGCCUCCAUGGAUACCGAUUUUGCGAAAACAGCUGCCGCCGUGGGCUCAAGUUUUCUCAAGACUGCUAACAGCCUCUGGAAAACUGGGCAGAAGAAGGUCCAGAAGGCAGUCGCAGAGUUCCAGCAGGACGGAGACCCAAAUCAACCAAAAUGGAUGCGGUCGGCCCAAGACCGCCACGAGGCUGACGUGAGGAGACAACCGGCCCACGUCACAGAUGAAGCUCUCUUGCUAGAGUCAGGAGGGCGACCGGAGCGGAGGCCAGGGAGGAUGACACCAGAGAGCCACCCUAACCGGGACUCCCCAUUCCGCGAACGCUCACCAGCUCUACCGCCCCGCCCUGGGCAGGGAGUUCAGGCUCCGAAAUGGCAGCAGUUCUCUCAAGCGACUCUCGGUCCACAUCCCCGGCUGAGCAAGCAGGUGACCGAAGAGGAAAACUUCCAGGCAUACGUUAGUCCCGCACGUAGGAAGAAGGCUACUCCCCAGCCGUCGGCAGAGGGAAAUCCACCAGCAGAGCCAGAACCCAACCUGCUGUUUGGACAAGAAUCAAAACCUACGCUGGCAGUGCGAUCUACGCAGCCGUCGCAGUCUCCAGCCCCCCCAUCUACAGCCCCCCCAUCUACAGCUCGAUCAUCACCGGCCCCAAGACCAGCGCCUGCGCGUCCGCCUCGCCAGAUACCCAACACCUCGCCGAUCGCCUUAGAAAGUUCAACUAAACAUCGUCUGGACGGCACCGCGCACUUCAAACGUGGCGAUUACGCCGCCGCCCACGCCUCAUACACUUCCUCGCUCGCCGCAGUCCCACAGGACCACCCAUUAGCCAUUCUCCUGCUCUGCAAUCGCGCGCUGACGGCACUCAAGAUAGGCGAGCCGCGGCAAGCCGUCGAGGAUGCCGAUACCGCAAUCCGAUUGAUCGGUCCAGGCAAGGGCGAGGGCGAGCACGUCGAACUGCACGGAGGUGAUAACGGCGCCGCCGAAAAGCGCGACAUGCGGGAGCUCUACGGCAAGGCACUAGCUCGCAAGGCGGAAGCACUCGAGCAAAUGGAAAAGUGGGCCGAUGCCGGGGCGGUAUGGCAGCUCUGUGUUGAAUCUGGGCUGGGCGGGGCCGCCGCAACGGCGGGCCGCCAGAGAUGCCAGAAGGCGCUCGCGCCCAAGCCGGCGCCGGCACCAACUCGCCCUCCUGCUGCCGCCGCGGCGCGGCCGUCGGCGCGUCCUAGACCCGCCUCGACAAGCCAGAAGAGCUCAGACGCCGUGGAGCGGCUGCGCGCGGCCAACCAGGCCGCCGAGCGCGAGGGCAAUGAAAAGUUUGAGCUUGCCGACAAGGUCGAUGCGCGCAUCGCCGCCUGGCGCGACGGCAAGAGGGAUAACCUGCGGGCGCUCCUUAGCAGUUUGGAUACCGUUUUGUGGGAGGGCAGCGGGUGGAAGAAGGUGGGACUGCAUGAGCUGGUGAUGGCCAACAAGGUCAAGGUGGUCUACAUGAAGGCCAUUGCGAAGACACAUCCCGACAAGAUUGCGCAAGACGCUACCACGGAAGUGCGCAUGAUUGCUGGGACGGUGUUCAGCACGCUCAACGAGGCGUGGGAUAAGUUCAAGGCGGAGAACAACCUUUGAAAGGGAUAAGGAUGGUUUGAAGCAUGACAUAUCAAGCAAGCGGCAUCAUAAAAGGCUAGAAAUGGUGGUAUCACACGCAUUGCGGUGUUGAGGGGGAAGGUACGGGAAAUAGGCGCGAUAAGCCACGCUCUAGAUUCAAACAGACGCCAUGCCCUCCGUAGACUUUGCUUGAACUUCUUGAAAACACUGAGCCAUCAUAGUGCGCUAUGCAAAAAAACCAAACCGAAGUCCCA